CCAUAGGAUUUUCCAACCCCUUGUUAUCCCACGUAAGCAGUUUGUACCAUGCGUACAACAACUUUGAUUAAAACUUGCAAAUUGCGCAUAAUGCGAUAUUUUGUGGGAAUUUUAAAUUUCAGCUCUAAAACACAGUCGAAAUAAUCAAUACUAUACCUACACGGCGAAGUACCACGUCGCAGUCUCAACUGGAACCUUGACGGUUCAAGAUCAUGGAAGAAGAUAUUCAAACAUACAAAGUAUGCUUGCAGAACGUUGUCAUAUGUCUGAUUUUUUCGGGCGUCUGGCCGGCUACUCGCCCACUACUGAAGAGGAUUGCGUUCUUCGUUACCUUUUUCUCGACAUUUUCGAUAAUGGCGCACACGCUUAACUUCAGCUUGCACAAUGCUCAAAACGUGAGGAUACUAGUCAGAGGCUUGGCAGCAGCAUCCAGUUUUCUUUCGAUAUCUUCUAAGGACGAUCUCGUUUACCUUAACGAUUACCUCUCCAAAAAGUUCAUGAGCGACAUGCAGAACCCGGAGAAUCUGCCGGAUCUGUUGUCAAACGUGCGGACGUUUGCCGUAUUCGUGAGGAUGUACAAGACCACGGCAGCAUUUAUCGCGUCCAUGUACUCCGUCGUGCCGAUUAUUGCCUUUCUCAAGUACGGCAAGUAUCUGCGCGUCUACCCCUGCCUCUAUCCCUUUUCCUACGCGCCGGGAGGAGUCGUGCACUGGCUUCUCUACGGUUGGGAAUCCGCAGGAGCCCUCUCCGCCUGGGCCAUUACGGUCGGGACCGACUGCAUCUUUGGAAUGUACGCGAUUCAGAUCUGCGGGGAGCAGAGGAUUUUGGCCAGAAAAUUGAAAGACCUGAGAGUCGGAAGUAAUUACAAGAAGCAGCUGCGGGACUGUAUGGAAAGGCAUCACUUUAUCAUCACAGUUAAAAACAAAUUCGAAGAUUUGUACGGUUUGAUCUCAAUAUGGCUUGCCAUUUCUGGAGCUAUCGUACUGUGCUCGUUGAUUUUCCAAGUGACAGAAUACUUGGAGAACGAUGGCGGUCACGUGCGAGCGAUCAUUUUUUUCGCCCACUUUUCAAGCAAGAUGAUGCAGGUCUUCAUGUACGCGUGGUACGGCAAUCUCAUUAAUGAAGAGAGUUUAGCAUUUCCGAGAGCAAUUUACAGUUCCCAUUGGACUGACUGCUGUGACACUCGCUUCAAGAAUGAUAUUCUGAUAGUUUUAGCGCAACGUCCACUGAUUGUCACAGCUUUGGGUUGCAUGAACGUUCAGCUUGAUAUGUUUGCCAAAAUUGUUCAAUCCUCGAUAUCCUAUUUCUUUUUGUUACAAACGCUGAAGGCGAAGGGAGAGGAAAAGUAAUUUUUUAAACAGAUUUACGUUUUAUAAGCUAAUACGUUGAAUUAUGCAUUAAAACUUGGUAUAAUAGAAGUAAAUAAAUGUGUUUUAAUUUAAUUCUAUUGAAAUUCGCGAAAUUUUUAUCAGCUACAAAAAUCAAGUG